AUGUAUAAAAGCUGGAGCAAAUUGGACGGAACAUUCAACAAAAAAUGUGAAGCUAAACGUUCGGAUAGUUACGACAUCUUCCCAAGCGCAUCCGAAGUAGAACAGAUGCGAUUGCGCGCUUAUCGACGUUUGUUCAAUGCCGAGCCAACAAUUGUUCUUGCAGAAGUGGAGGAGUUAUUGAACCUCGAAAAAUUCUACAUUGAAAAAAUUCGUGCUUUAACAAUUAAUGAGGUGGGCAAGAAUCCCAAAAGCCAAUUCAAACGAGUUUAUCAAAUGAAUAACCUCGACGAUGCAACCGAUAGAAAGAGAAGAUCAGUUCGAAAGCAAGAAAUAAGAAGAUUGGAAGAUGGCGAAAAAUUUGAUUGGCGUGCAAAGAAGCUGGAAUAUGAGAAGUUGAAAUUGAAAAAAAAGACAUCCCGACUCGAAUAG